ACGAACUCCUUCGAAAAGAUGCAAACUACCUCCUUUUCAACCUCGAGGUUAAGCUUUCACAUUUAACAAGCACCCUGACUUGCAGCCUCGUCCAGUAUACCGAGGCACGUACAUCAGCAAACAUGGUGAAGAUUGAGCCUUUCGAGGUCGAGCAAUGGAUGGACAAAUACGAAGUCACACCGGGAGUUCUCAACAUCGCCGAAACUUGCGUAGCAUCAAUCUCUAUCGACGACAUCAUUGCUCUCUGCGAAGAUCCCAAUGUCCCCCAUCCCAUAAACACCAGCACAAAGCUCACUUAUGGAGCAAUCCGAGGAUCUCAAGCUCUGCGAGAGCGUCUCGCUUCACUCUAUUCCGCAAGAGUCUCCUCCCCUCUCUCGCCAGAUAACAUCCUCAUUACGCCCGGCGCGAUUGCUGCGAAUUUCCUCCUCCUCUACACCCUCAUCGGCCCCGGCGACCACGUAAUAUGCGUGCACCCAACAUACCAACAAUUAUAUUCCGUCCCCGCGAGUCUUGGUGCAGAAGUCUCAUUGUGGAAAUUGAGGAAAGAAAGGAAUUACAUACCUGACAUCGAAGAUCUGAAAGCCUUGGUAAAAGAAAACACAAAGAUGAUAAUAAUCAACAAUCCCAACAACCCCACCGGCUCCACGAUUCCAAAAUCCGUCAUCCAGUCUCUUAUUGACGUCGCUCGCGCGCAAAAUAUAAUCAUAUUAUCAGAUGAAGUCUACCGGCCGCUCUACCACGGCAUCUCGCCCAUCGACCCCGACUUCCCUCCGUCCCUAAUCUCAAUGGGCUACGAAAACACCUUAAUAACAAGCUCAAUGUCCAAAGCCUACUCCCUAGCCGGCAUCCGCCUCGGCUGGAUCGCCUCUCGCUCCCCCUCCCUCAUCGAGGAGAUCGCCUCAGCGCGAGACUACACCACCAUCUCCGUCUCGCAGCUCGACGACGCCGUCGCCUCUUACGCAUUAUCCCCCUCCGUCCUGCACUCGCUCCUUGCACGGAAUAUCCAACUAGCGAGAACUAACAUCUCUCUCCUCUCCACCUUCAUCUCCUCCCACCCCCAAACUUGCUCAUGGGUAAAACCAACCGCCGGCACCACCGCGCUUGUUCAAUUUAAGAAGAAAGGGGAGGUAGUAGACGAUGUAGCAUUCUGCAAAGAUCUGAUCGCAAAGACGAAAGUGAUGUUCGUUCCUGCAUCGAAGUGCUUUGGCGAGGAGUUCAGGGGGUAUGUGAGGAUUGGGUUCGUGUGCGAGACGGAGGUGUUGAGGGAGGGGUUGGAGAGGCUAGGGACGUACGUGAAGGAGGAACUUGCUUGAGUGCC